AUGUUGAUUUUCUAUAGGCACCGCCAUACGUUGGGGAUGUUUUGGAGAAGUGCAAAGGUAACAUGUCAGUAUCCUGGUUAUGCUGGUGUCAGGAAGCGUAUCCAAGGCAGAGAUGUUAUUACCUUGCAUAUGUCUCAGGACAUUCAAAAGCUGUUUGGAGUUAUUAUUCCAGUUAGAUCAGGUAGUCUUCGGUAACAUUUUCUGUUAUAUAUUUUUGUCUCGUGAAAUAUCUGCUCGAAAAGAGAAGAAACUCUUUAUUAGAUUAAGGUUACCUAAGUACACAUCACGUUGAAAAAAUAUAGAUCUAUGUGUAAGUGCUUUUAAUUGCAGAUGGAAAUAUGUACAAUGUUGUUUGGUUGAUAAUUAAUAAUGUUUUUGUAGAAGAUCAAAUCACCUGACAACGCAAUACACUUAUUCAUGAGUACGGUUCACAAUUAUUUGCGGUCUGUUUUCUUCAGUUUGUAUGAUUCUCAUUGACUAGUAUAAUUAAAUUUGCAGACCAAAACACCCCUUAUUUGAUUAAGAAUAAGAAAAGUAAACAGUGCAUGUCGGUUUUCAAUUCCUGAUGGAUGCUGCUGGGCUUCACUUUAACUGAGAAAUUUGUAAUCGCUUAUCUCAGCUCUUUGUGUCCCAUGCUGUAAGAAGCACAAGAAGAAAGUUGAUGAUAGUGAGUCUUGGCUGAGACAAGAAGAAUCAGAGAAGAACCUACGGUCCCCAGAAACGCCACUUUUAGACAAGAGACAACUAAGGUAA